GAGGCAGAACGUGCUUUUAAGCGUCCAUAUUGAGUCCUGGAAACUACAACUACCAAAGGGCCACGGCUCCUGGGCGGUUUCUCGUUUCCGUCUAGUGAAACAUCUGAGGUUGCUUCUGAGGGAUCACCUUGACUGGCCAUCAAGUUUAGCAUCGCUCCAGUCGUUUGGUCCACCUGGUGAUGAGAUGGGGACCAGCCAGUCCAUGUGCUUUCCACCUGUCUCCGGACCCCACCUUGUAGGCUGUGGGGAUGUGAUGGAGGGCCAGGGUCUCCAGGGGAGCUUCUUUCGACUCUUCUACCCCUGCCAAGCGGCAGCAGAGACCACGGAGCAACCACUGUGGAUUCCCCGCUCCGAGUACUGCACUGGCCUGGCUGAUUACCUGCAGUUUAAUAAGCGCUGGGUGGGGUUGCUGCUCAGCCUGGCUGUGGGAUCUUGUCGCCUGCCUGUCAGCUGGAAUGGCCCCUUUAAGACAAAGGACUCUGGAUACCCCUUGAUCAUUUUCUCCCAUGGCCUAGGAGCUUUCAGGACACUCUAUUCAGCCUUCUGCAUGGAGCUGGCCUCCCGUGGCUUUGUGGUGGUUGUGCCAGAGCACAGGGACCAGUCAGCCGCUGCUACCUAUUUCUGCAAGCAGGCCCCAGGGGAGAACCAGCCCUCCAAUGAGUCACUAGAGGAGGAAUGGAUCCCUCAUCGUCGAAUUGAGGAAGGGGAAAAGGAAUUCCAUGUUCGGAAUCCCCAGGUACACCAGCGGGUAAAGGAGUGCAUGCACGUGCUGAGGAUCCUGCAGGAAGUCACUGCAGGGAGGACUGUCCUCAACAUCUUGCCUGGUGGGUUGGAUCUGAUGACUUUGAAGGGUAGCAUCGACAUGAGCCGCGUGGCUAUGAUGGGACAUUCAUUUGGAGGGGCCACAGCUAUUCUGGCUUUGGGCAAGGAGGCCCAGUUUCGGUGUGCUGUGGCCCUGGAUGCUUGGAUGUUUCCUCUGGAACAAGACUUUUACCCCAAGGCCCAGGGCCCUGUGUUCUUUAUCAAUGCUGAGAAAUUCCAGACAGUGGAGAGUGUCAACUUGAUGAAGAAGAUAUGUGCCCAGCAUGAACAGUCCAGGAUCAUAACUGUCCUUGGCUCUAUUCAUCGGAGUCAAACUGACUUUGCUUUUGCGACUGGCAACUUGCUUGGUAAAUUCUUAUCCGCUCAAACCCGUGGGAGCUUGGACCCCUACCAAGGUCAGGAGAUUAUGGUGCGGGCCAUGUUGGCUUUCCUGCAGAAGCACCUUGACCUGCAAGAGGACUAUGACCAGUGGAACAACUUCAUUGAAGGCGUUGGACCAUCACUCACUCCAGGCGCCCCGCACCAUCUGUCAAGUCUAUAGGCACUACUGGCCAUUUGUAAAAGAUCACAUGAGUUGAGUUUCCAUUUAGGGGCUGCCCAGGAGCGCCCAUACCUUAGGAAGUGGUCAGCAUGACCGUUUUGUACAGAUUGUGAGGAUGUAAUCACACCACUGAGUGAAUAACUGGGUACUUUAAUCUUGGACUUGAUGUUAAACUCACAUUGGGACUGAUCACUGACUGAUUGGCAAACUGACUCUCUGGACCCUGAGCCCUGAUGAAGUGGGGAGCAAGCAGUGGGGUGGGUCUGGAAGUGCCCCAGGUCCAAGCUGAGCCUGUGAAGCCUGGAGUGAAGACAACCUGGUGAGCCUGGUGGGCCUGCUCCUUCACCAAGGGGCAGGGUUGCGUCUUUAGCAGAAGUUAGAAGCCAAAGGACAGGGUGAAAAUCUUCAGGCCACUCACCUGACCUGGCACUCUUCCUGCCCCUCAGCCUUCUUCCUCGCAGGGCCACUUGCUGAAGUGUGUGAGCACUUUUGGUAACUUUCUAGGAUAUGAACCAUCGUCGCAUUUUCCAUUUAUUUUCAAGUCUUCUCAUUUCAAGAAACACAGCCUCAGGCACUUAGUACUGAAUGACCUGAGCCCACAGGGGGCACACAGUAUGUCUCAGAACCCAAGGAGAGACACGCAGGCCCAAAGAUGCUGAGCUACUUCAGAAGGUCUGGGUGCCUUUGGGAUUUUUCCAAAAGUAUAUCCUGACAGAAAACAACAUGAGUAGGUUGAGAUGGGCAGGUAGAAUAACACUGCUGAGUAGCCAUUCACACAGGCCCUUGCCAUAAGAGAGGGGUGGUUUGGUCAGUGCAAACUCAGAGAGGUCUAGGAUCAGCUUGGUCUUGCCUUCUACCUCAGAUGCCACAAACCUCCAACUUACUCAGAAUUGGGUGCUUUCAUUGUCAGUUCUUUUUUUUUUUUUGGUAUCGGCGAUUGAACGCUGGACCUUGCGCUUGUGAGGCAGGUGCUGGAACCACUGAGCUAAAUCCCCGGCCCGUUGUCAGUUCUUUUGCUCUGAGGGUCUCACCACAAAUUUAAGUCAGGAUACCAAAUUUGCAUUCUGUUUCAUUUAUAAUUUAAAUGAUAUUGAUACUCAUGUUUGCCUAAUGAUAUGUUGAAUAUUUUCUCUGUUUAAUCUGCAUUAGAGCAAGAUGGGGAACCAUCUGGAAGUGACUUUCCUUCUGUCUUUCUUUGUUCACUAACCACUUUGUGAAAAAAAAUCUUUAAAAGGAAAGGAAGUCUUCCUAGUGAUGUAGUUCAAAGCUGGGUGGGAACGUCCACCUGAGAUUCUAAGAAUUCUCACCUUAGUCCAAGGAAGAGGACCCCAGAAGAAGCAAGAACAAAAGGGAAAUGUGCAUGGUAGUUCAAGGUCAGGGCCCCCAAAGCAAGCAAGACGAUCAUAGUGUCAGGAGGAUAUCAUUAGAACCCUGGGCUCUGGAGUUAGUCUGGUUCCACCACUGCCAACUGGGUAAAUUUAAACAAAUGAUAUUCUUUUUCCAAUCUCAGUUUCCUACAUUUCUCAAAGAUCUACCUUAUGAAUAGUUGGGAAGAUUAAGUGAGAGAGUGUAUAACCCACGGGUUAUUAAAAUGUGUGUUUUCUACUUUGCAAAUAUAGGAGGGUUUUCUAAGUUAUAGUUACUAUUUUCUAGAUGAAUUGCUUUGUGGUCCAAGAAAAUGACCCAUAUGAUUUCCAUCCUUCAAGAUUUAUUGAAACUUAACUGUUGCCCAGUGAGAGGUUGAUUUUGUAAAUGUUCCAUGUAUACUUUAAAAAUCUGUCUACUCUGAA